GAAAAAUCAACAGUACAACUGGGUGUCGGGGGCGCGACCACACUCCUGGCAGAUGAGUCAACUUCUUCUGCUCCUCGUGCUAGUCAAGGUCGUUGUACUAGAAUUUCAAUUAUCCUGUGCAAAAGUAUCGUACUCGUACUUCUAAUUGCAAUCUUGCAUGACAAACCUACCUUUUUACCUGAAUUAGCAUUACAAAUUCUUUUUUUCUUUCUGACAAAAUUUGUAAUGCAAUUUGUACUAGUAUGAUGCUUUUGCAAUGCAUAUCAAUUUCAGCCCAAGACGAAAUCGGCCCACGACACGACGACGAGAACACGAUUUUCAAGUUAUCCUGAGUAAAAACGUACCCACACCAGAGUCAAGUUGGCAAAUCUGCUAGACAAAUCACACAGCUUUGGUUGUUUGGCAUGACAAGUUUGUCCUCGUAGUGUAAUCCUGUUUCGCUAGCUCAGAAGCAUUACAGAUCUAGCCUACCAUGCUGAUUCUAGCAUCACAAAUUGCAAAACACGAAUAGAAAAUGCUUCUAAUAGGGCUCCGCGUGAGAAACUUUUUUGGCAUGCAGAAUUGCAUGACAACUCUGGGGUGGGUACGUUUUUACAUAGGAUACAAGUUUCACGAGGUUUACGAAGAUAAAGGACCCUCCACCUUCCUCCAAAACAACAACAUCAACAGCUCACAAAACAAUAAAGCCACAGCAGAAACAACAAACAAGAGCGCCCGGGGUCGCGCUAUGAAAAUAAUCCCAGAUCAGCAGCAAACGAAAGUGGUCGUGACCCACGUGCAAUCCAUCUCUUCCUGGGCAAUGGCGUGCAUCGGUCCGUAUGGGCAGGCGAGCCAGACCAAGUCGGCGUUGUGGGAUGGUGAGAAGGAGGAAUUAGAGAAAAAUCAUACCCAGUACUUUUUCUCUGCGGGCGUGUUGGGUUUAGUGCCGCAUCUGAUGGAGUUCCCGCGAUGGCAUGACAGAUUUGUGGUUCCCGAAGCGGAAAGGAUGAUCAAGGAUUUUAUUUUCCGUGCUGGUCGAGGUGUGGGGAAAACGAAAAGAAAAAAUAACGCAGAAGAUCGUGGCGCAGCUGGUGUCGUGGAGGAGGUGGGGCGGGCCCAGAAGGAGUUAAUACAACUGCAGGACGAGCUGUGUACUCCUAGUAGCGCCUCAUCUAGUUGUAGUCCCACUAGCAGCACAGGUAGUAGUUGUACCUCCGAAGUAGAGAAGAAGAACCAGCUGCAAGAAGUUCUUGCGAGUGGAGAGGGAAAGAAAGCGCCCACUUCUUCUUCUUCGACGUUAGAACUCACGCCCUCCACAGGAACUGACGACAGCACCGCCGGAAACAGUCCGAGUAAAGACGGUACGACCACUUCGAGCAGCGAAGCUGUGCUGGCUGUUGGGACAAGUGUUGUGGGGGAUUCAUCAACAUGUGAGACAGCGUGUGCUUCUUCAACAGAGGACGAGGAAGAAACCGCGAAAAAAACAGCUACAGAGGAGCGUAACCGGCCCAACUACAACCGGAAUCAUGUCAAGACGGACGAAGAUGAUCAGGCUGCGUCUACUGAUGAAACCUCCGAGGUCGUGGGCCAGAAGCGAUCAUCAACGAGUUGCAGUGCGGUACAAGGUAAGAAUUUCUCCGAGACAGACGAUGAAGACGGGACCGAUUCCGAAGAAGAAGACAAAGAGGACUCCGCGAGGAACAUAAAUAAUAGCGAAACAGCGCCUACUUCAGUGUACACCAGCGGGACUACAAAAGCUGCCAAACGGAAGUCCAUCAAGGGGUAUGAUUCCGCCAAGAAGAAGAAGCUCACGAAAAUCCUCCAAAAACAGAACUCGGAAUCGACAUCGUUUCCAGGUUGCAGCCCCUAUUACCAGCCGGAGAAUUGCUCGUGGUUCCAGGAAUUGGCUUACGCGAUGUACUCCUUGUUUCAGAUCAUGAAACAGGACACGCAUAAGAUAGAAACCGUGGACAUUGUCAACGUUUUCGUCUCCGAGGAGAUCUUUCAGGCGGAUGUGCAUGAACUGUCACAGGCGAGUGGCGGUGGAAAUGCCAAUCAUGGUUUCGACAUGAAUUGUGGCGGAGUCGGUUCUUCGCAAAAAUCGCAGCACCAGCAGCAGCAGCUCCAAAGGAGUACCACCAGCAGCGUGUUUUCCGCUGCAAGUUCUUCCCCUGGUGCUCCCUCUACUACGUCGCCGAAUUCACCAUCACCAACAUCUCGGAACAAUAUGAAGAAUAAAUACCUUUCCCCAGAGGCCGAGGAACUCCAGGCGUUCAUCUUUCCGUUAAUCGAGCGCAUGGUGCUGGCAUUUUUCGCGACGUAUUUGAAGCAGGAGAAGAGGGAGGAAAAUAAAGUGACAGAUCUCGGUAUGGACGAUUACUGGAAGUACCGAGAAAUGUGGCUGGCCGCACAGCCCACCGAGGACCUGCAUCAAGUAGAUCAACAGGACGAGAUGUUGUUGCAUCAACAAGGCGGUAAUGGAAAUUGGACGAAGGAACAGCACGGUGGGAACAAUCAUAAUGGCCGCCGGAAAGUAGAUUUUUCCGACUUCGCUGCGUUCUGCGAUGAGAACUAUCAAAUGUAAAAAUGUAUGGGUCUGGAAGAAUGCGCGAUUUGUCAUGCUGCUUUUCCAUGACCCAUGAGGUCUGGAAUGCAGGACCUAGCAUGACAGAUUCAGCGAGACCUUUCUAAUGCCUAUCCUGCAUGAGAAACUCCCUCCCGACUUGGUCAAAACUGGACGACUUUUGGUAAUCAUGCAACACAGAUUUUUGCAUGCUGCAGAUUUAGCAUGACAGGUUGCAAUCUUCCAGACCCAGACAUUUUUACAUUUGAUAAGAACGCAGAUGGUACAAGUUGUUGUACUGCGAGGACAAGAGACAACUCAUCUUCUAUGACAGGCGACGGCGACUACACGGCUACAACUUCUCCUGCUGAGAUGAACAAGAAAAUCUUGAACGAACCCCUUGCAACCAUCGACAACCUGCCAACCGUUUUGAUUCAGUUCGUCCCCGGGCUGCCGAAAAACGCAGCGAUCGAAGUGAACGUGCUGAAGGGCUCGAGCCCCGCUUGUUCUAAUGGCACUUGUGGAAGAAAGAAAAAGGACAGCUUUUCCACCUGGACGACAUCUUCCGACAGUGAGUCGGACAAGAUGAACACGCUCGCACCAUCGCCCCCGCAGCUUGAAGAAGUAGACAGCACAAACAAAGAGCUGUCUUACUCUAGGCCUACGAGUUGUUCUAAAGUACCAGACCGAGGCGAAAACCGCUGCAGAGGCAGGAACUACUCGGAUGUUACGACAAGUCUGUUGGACCACGGCAUCGAAAUGAAUAAGCCACUGAUCAUGCAAGAGGUCCGGCCUUUGCUGACCUACAAACCCGACCCGCGCUACAUUCAGGCUUGUCAUCCGCGGUUCGAAAAGGUGAUGCGACAAUACGACAUGCUGGCGCCGGGAACAAAAAAUGACAAAAAUGCAGACUUCGACUUCGGUAAUUCUCAACAUUCGACGAGCAACCCCAAACUCGUCGUGGACAACCCAAACUACCAUCAAGAGAUGGACAGCAAAUCUGUAGUCAUGCAAGAAAGCGAACCUGGAGGUCUCGUGUGGUCUAUCCCUGCAUCUCCGGAAUCGUUGCUGAUUCCCCGCGGACGGACGUCAAGCGGAGGGACCACGCCAAGAAUGAGCACGACUACCUGUAAUUAUGCUGAAUCUCGAACUCGCCGGAAUGAUAAAGAAGAUCUCCUGCAGCUUAGGUCCCGAAGCACGGCAAUAAGAACCAAUUUUUCCCUGCUAAAAAGGUCGAGCGAAGCAGAUGGAGACAAUGUUCAACAUCUAACCAACGACAGAAUCAGAAGUCGUGCAGCUCAAUUGACGGCGAAGAUUCAGCUAAGGAAGAAAUUGCAACAUAAAUCCCAACAUCCCCAUUUUCUCCUUGCGGAAUCCGAAUACGAUGGUGUGGCAGCUGCUUCUUCGGGAGUCGGAGAAGCAAAACGAGGAUAUGAACGGAUGAAAAUAAACGCCGGGGAGGACCCAACUACAGCUGGGAACGACGAGAACAGCAGCUCGUCCUCGUCCACGUCCUCCGACAAUUGUACAAAUAAACCAAAAUCCUCCAACAAGCACCUUCCUCGAAAAUUGCGGUCCCUGCUCGAGAGUUUCACGAAGCCGCGCCUGCACAUGUACGGUUUCCCAGCGAAGACGACAACGAAAAAUGUGCUGAUGAACGGAGAAAAUGCAUUGAGGGACGACAAAUAUUCUGAUGCAAAACAUCAAGCGACACAACACCAAGACGACGAAGAAAAAUCACAUCAAAACAGCCAGACAAUAAAUCGUGGAGCAAACUCUUCCUUCCAGGUUUUCUUCCUCCUCUUCGGGCAGUCUGUAUCUGACGAUAGUCUUCUUUCUCUGAACAAAGUUGUACUAGACCAGGACGAUCAUGAAAAACGUCGGGGAGGGCUACUACGUGAAGAUGAUGUUCUUGCGGAAGAAGAUGACAACAUCUUCAGGACGAGCAGGUCCCGAUCCGCUAUCCGAAGGCCGCGUAGACAUUUUUCCACGGAGACGUCGACGAGAAGUCGUGGCAGUACAAGCGUGCGAAGUGGUCGCUGUGCAUCAGCCACAGGCGGGGGCGGGACACGUCGCAGGGGAAACGACCCCCGCUAUGACCAAUUACAACGUCGCGAGAGUAGCAGGAGGACGAGUUGCAGAAGAUCGCUGCAAGAAAAACUCUACGCGGAUAGAAAGGAUGAAUCUACAACUUUUACGGAGUCGAGGCUUUUAGCGCAGGAGCAUGAAAAGCAGGAGAAUCAACAAGAGCAAGAAGGAGCGUUAUCGCAGCUCGCCACGAUUCGGGACUUUUUCCAGAACCGGGUGGCGGAAAGGAACGAGAAGCAGUUUUCGCUGUUUCAAAUCACCUACAAUUGGAAGUACACGACUCCGAAAAAGUUGUCGAAAUUGUUGCUCGGGCACGAGGAUGAUAACCAGUUCAUUUGUAGUAGUAGUGCGAAAGGAGCUUUUUCUGGCGGGACGAGGCAGAACAGCAGCAACUUUAACACGACCAUGGUGAACAACAACUCGUACUCGACUCAGCACGGUAAUGAUCAGGUGCAACAAGGACGAAAUAUCUCGGGACCUCAGGCGGACACUGAGUCCGUCAACCAGGACCCGGCGGUGUGGUACAGCCCAUCGAGCAAUCUCGGGUUUUUGUCCGUGGCCGAUGACGCGUACUAUCACCGGGAACAAGAAGCUCGUCGUGCUGGGCCGGGUGAAGACUGUCGCCGAGAAGUCGGCCCCCUGGAGCGAAGUCCCAUCGUCGCCAGAAUCGUGGCUUGGCAGUAAGACGGCGGUCAAGUUGUAGUUGAUCUGUAGUACGAUUACAACUUGCUUCCUCGUACUAGCUGUGAAUCUUCAUUUUCUUGCAGUUAGGUGAUAACUCUUCGUUGAUGAACAAGGGCGGCUACGAUAAUUGCUGAAAGAAAAUUCGAGAAGGAAAAGAAACCCAACAUGGUUUAGGAUUUCUCUUUCUCAUUCGGAAGAGUUUCAUCUGCUCAAGUCCUAAAUAGCCCCUUGAACGUAAUGAUGUUUGCAGAUGAUUAGGUCGUGUAUGCGAGCAAAUAAGGGCUAGAUUGGAAUUGGACAGUUGUGGUCGUGCU